AUGGAAUUCUACACCCUGAUUUUUGCAGUGGUUCUUGUGCACCAGGGCGUGGCGCAGCAGUCCAAUAAAAGCUGUGGAAUAACGGAUAGGAUCACAUCCAUCAUCGUUGGUAGCCAAACUUCUACAGCUGCGGACUGGCCUUGGCUGGCGGCCAUAUAUCUCCAGGAGAGCGGCAAGGAGAAGAAAGUAAUCUGCGGGGGUGCCCUCAUAUCUCCGAGGUACAUCAUCACGACGGCUCAAUGCGUCGCCGGCAGUCGAGGAACGCCGCGUCCGGUGGGGCUGUUCAGCGUGCGUCUGGGCGACGUUGACUUGCGUUCGACUGAUGGCGACACGCAUGCAAUCGACGUGGACGUGGAGACUAUUCACAGACAUCCCCGCUACAAUGGGAGAACGUACAACAACAAUGUAGCCCUGCUAGAGCUGAGUAAGGAGGUACCCUUCAGCCAGUUCGUGAGGCCCAUAUGCCUGCCCCUUGGGGAAAUCUCCAUGAUGAACGUGACUGGUAUCCAGGCUUUCGUCGUUGGCUGGGAACACAGCCCAACAAAUGCUUACGAACGAAGCAGAAACCAGUUGCAAGUAGGCCUUGUGACCAUCUGGGAAGAUGCCGAGUGCCAGGAGGUGUACAGAAGCUUCGCAAUUGACCAGAAGACCCAGCUGUGCGCAGGAGACCAGCGGAGUGGGCCGGGCCCGUGUCCGAUUAGCGUUGGCGGACCACUGCUGCAUCGUCUUGAUGGUCGAUACUACCUGCUGGGCCUGGCCUCCUUUGGAUAUCCCUGCGGCUAUACAACACAUCCGGAUAUUUACACCAGGAUCACCGGCCACCUAGACUGGAUUCAAGGGAUUCUCAACUAAAAAGCCCGCUUAACCUCAACAUCGCAUCAAAAAUAAGGUAAUGUG